GCUUUAAAAAGUUGCAGGAAGAAGAAAGCAAAGGGAAAGAAGAGCGUUCAGAAGUCUUUAUACGGGGAAAGAGACCUUGCUUCGAAGAAGCCGCUCCUCAGUCCUAUCCCCGAGCUGCCUGAGCUCUCCGAGAUAAUGGCUCCCACUCCAGGCACCGGCAGGCUGUGUUCAGAUGAUUUCAACUCCAACGGUGAACUUGAAGAAGCGAAGCUUCCUAAAAGAAAGACUCUUUUGCCCUACAACCCAGAAGAUUUGCAGAUGAAUCAAGGCUUUAAUAAAUACGAUCUGUCUGCAUUCUGCAGCUCUUACAUGAAAAGUUCCUUGUCGCUUAUUAACGCUACUUUAGAUCAAGAUUUAAAUAUGAGUGCUGUAGCAACUAAUGAACAUAAAACUAUUCUAAAAGCUGAGAUUAAGUCGGAAGGCGAAAAUGGACUGAGAGCUGGCCCUGAGAGUGAAAGCAGUCAUGUUUCUUGUGCUCCUGUGACUGCAGAGCCCCUGGCAUCAGAUGAUGCAGAAUCCAGUGCUAUCCUGCCGUCCGGGGAAUUGGCUGCUGCCGGUCAAAAUGUGGAAAACCUUUUUCAAAUCUUUAAGAUUUCAGAAGAUAUGAACAUAAAGUGUGAAAAACAGGAUGACUUUUUAAUAGCUACCGGAGGAAAACUGCAGCCCAUGCGCUUAACGUCUGACUUACAAAAUGAAGAGGUGUUAAGUGACAACGUAAAAGAAAGUAAAAGUCCGAGUGCGGGUUUGGGAAGAAACUCCAUAGAAGGUCAAAGUAGCACUGGUGUGAGUGGUGGAAAAAAGACACAUAGAAGACGCUCUACAUGUUAUUCCGACGGCCAGAGUUUAUAUUUGGAGAAAAAUGGAAAUCACAAACCUCCCUACGUAGUGAGCAGCUCUCUAGAAAUUGGUUUAGAAAAUUCUGAACUGUAUAAAGAUUUAUCGGCCUCCAUAGAGCAAACCUUCCAGAAAACAAAUAGCGAAACAAAAGUAAGACGUAGCACAAGGCUGCGGAAAGAUUUGGAAGAUGAAGGGCUUGUAUGGAUUUCACUUCCAUUUCCUUCCACGUCCUGCACUUCCCAAAGAAUGAAAAGGAGAACAAUAUGUACAGUUGACAGCAGAGGAUUUGAAAGCCUGUCCCUCUCUCAAGAAACUGUGUCUUCUGGACAGAAACCGAGUCUGUCGCUCCCCAUAUCAGGUAAAGAAAACAAGGAGGGCUUUGCUGCCGGUUUUUCCCAUUUACCUGGGAAGAGGAGGAAGAGCCUCUGUACAUCUACACUCGCAAAUUCGAAAGAUACAACUCAGUCCAAGUGCUACAAAAGAAGAAUCUCUCUCAGCCAGAAGGGAGAGAGCUCUCUAAAGGACUUCGAAAGAGUGGGACAUGUCUGGGAACUAAAGCAGUAACUGACAUUUCCUAUGGAGCAUGUGACCGCAGAGAAGGUAACCAUCCGUGCUUAAAAGAUCCUUUCAUUCUGCUUCUCAUCCUUUGUUCAACUUCGGCGUUUUAAAAGUUUCAAAUAAAAUCAUUUGAGGUGAACCUA